UACUUCCUCCACCACUGGCAUAAUGUCAGAUACAGAUUGUUCAUUAAUCCAUCGAUGUGCAGAAGAGCACACUGGACGUGGGACUUGAAUGCAGGAAGUGGUGCCUGCGAGACGCUACUCAGGGCAGGAAACCUUCAGCCUCAUUAAAGAGCCAGUCUAGAGGUCCGCAGCUAGCUCCUGUGCGAACUGGGGCUGCUGGGAAUCGAAACUUAACCGAGGGCUGGAAUGUUACACAUCAAAGCUCAGUGGGUUUCCUGCCUCCUUCCUCUUUGCUGUUUGCUACCACGGGCUCUCAGCUGCUAAAGGUUUUCCGUACUUUCAGACCUCGGAUAUAUCACGACACGCUUAUACAUUUUUGCUCGAUUCAAUGAACUUCCUCACUUCAUCGGUCAACAAGCAUGGACCCUGCCAGGCUGAAACGCAAGGAGGAAAUAAGCAAAGCUCUGAAAUUUAUACAGUCUUCCUUGGCGUAUCCAGAUCCUGAAGGCUACCAGGACUUCCUGACCCAGUUAGUGUUCAACCUGCUUGAGGAGGGCAAUGCCUUGUUCAGAGAGAAGGAGUGGGAGCAGGCUGUGAAAGAGUUCAGUGAAGGCCUGAACGUCUCGCGCUACGCUGCAGCAGAGGAGAUCCAGAUCACCAAGGCUUUAUGGGAAAGCCUGUAUGUCAACCGGGCUGCUGCCUACCACAAUAUGGGGGAAUACGAUCGAGGUGUGGAGGACUGCGACUGUGCUUUGGAGGUGUGUAAGGAAAGCCACAAGGCUCUGUACAGGAAGGCGCUUUGCCUGAAGGAGCUUGGGAAGUACAGGGAGGCCUACAACUGCACCACGGACUGUCUGCUCUUCACUCGUCUGGAUAAACAGGUGAAUGAACUCGCACAGGAGCUGGCUGUCCAUCUGGGGCUGAAAAAUCGAAAACCCUAUGUCAGUGCAAAGAGAGAAGCACACAACACAAGAAGUGUUGCAAAUGGAAACAUGACUGCUGAAGUCAUAAAGGUGUCUGAAGCUCAUUUAGGAAAUGAGAUGAAUACUUUGAGUGGCUUUUCAGCAGUCAGUUUUCCCAGCAUGCCUCGGGACAGCAUUCCCAGCGAUCACCAACCUGCUGUCUCCUCACUGCCUGAUGGGGUGGACACUUUGGAGGACACUGAGCUGAUGGGGGACGACCUGGACAGCCUGCUCGACUGCUUCCCUGCUAAACAGGAGCCUCCUGAGACAGCAUUCUCAGUCCCCAGCAGGACGUCCAUUUGCACACACACGGGGCCUUCUGUCCUGCCUGCCCCAACACCCCAGCUCCCCCCAGCCUUCUUCAGCUCAGCCGUCAGCCAGCUGAACUCCCUGGACUCCUUUUCAGGUGGUGGGCCCAGCACCACAGCUGCAACACUAGACACCCUGGACAACCUCGUGACCUUGCAAGGUCUUGAUGGCUUAGAUGAUUUCUUCCCAGGGACUGGAGGCAGUGCUGGUGUUCCAGACUCAGAACUGGAUGCCUUGGAUGGCCUUGACUCCCUGGAUAACUUCUUGGACACAAUACCAAGUGCUGCUGUGACUGAGAGAGUUGAUGAAAGCCUGACAGAACUGGACACAGAGGAAAAGUCCCUUGAUGAGUUGCUAGAUGAGCUAGAUCCCCUGGAGAAUGUCUCAGAUCUAGGGGAUUGCAUUGCUGAUGUCCUUAAAAGUGGUGUGAAAGGUGUGGACCAGCUUGGCUCUCUUGAUGCCCUGGACUCAUUUCCCUCAGUGCAAAGUGUUGGCGAACCUUUAGCAGGAGUCUCCGUUGGGGGAACAGGCCUGGACUUGCUCUCCGAUUUCAGCUCAGCUGAUAUCCCAGGCCCGCUUAGAGCUGCAGGUCCUGUAAUACGAUCUCCAAAGAAUAACUACAAAGACCAAGCGGCGGCUGUGAUCUCUAACCCUCUGUCGUCCACCCACGAGUUCCUGCAGGCCUGCUCUGCCUGUUUCCCUCGGGAAGGUCUGGGGAUAUAUACUUACGUUCACAAGCCAGACCUGGCCCACAGCUGUAAGCAAGACAUUCUGUUAUGUAGACGAAAGACAGGUUGUCCUUCAGAGUGGACGAGAGUGCGCCCGAUGCCUCGGACGUCCUUCAGAGGGCCGUUUGUACUCUGCAAGGAGCUGCUGAACUCGGGCGAUUUGGGCAUAUGUAAGUAUGGAGAGAAAUGUACGUUUGCCUACAACCAGCUGGAGAUCGAUGUGUGGACAGAAGAGAGGAAGGGGACGCUGGACCGAAACCUGCUGUUUGAGAGCACGGGUGUCCGACUGGACCCCGUCAACAGCAUCAUACGCCUUCUACAGGAACACAAGGGCGCGUUCAUGUUCCUCUGCCAGGAAUGCUAUGACAGUAAACCUACAAUCAUCAGUAAGCGCAGCACAGUAAAUCACACCAUCUGCUCUAACCUGGAUGUCCACCACACCUUUGACGCUAAUAAGUGCUUGGCUUUUGUGGUGAGGACCCACAUAGUGAAGUACGAAAAGGUCCGUCCACUGAGCGUCAUGUGCCACUUGGAGUUAUGCCGCCAAAGCAUCCGCUACGGCUGCCAGAGAAAGGACAACUGUGUGUUCGCCCACUCUGUCAUAGAGCUGAAAACCUGGAAGGUGCAGCGAGACACAGGUAUCAGCCAUGAUGAGAUUGUGAAAGUAUCCACAAAGUGCUAUGAAAAACAGGAGCAAGACUCGAGCAAACACAAAGGAUAUCGACAGAUUUCUUCUGGAAACGGUGGGAACAAGCCGAGAGGAGGAGGAGCCGGGAAGACUCUGAAUAUGAAGAUGAAAUUUGCCUGUGCUCAGUGCUGGCAGGGUGGUUUGAUAAGUGAACCAGACAAAGCCCUCAAGUACUGCACAGCCAAGGCCAGACACAUGUGGACUAAAGACAGACGGGUCCUGCUGGUCAUGUCCUUGGAGAGAAGCAAAUGGGUUCAGGUCCGACCGCUGCCACAUGCCAAAAACUUCCCUCUGCAGUAUGAUAUAUGUACUCAGAUUGUGAGGAAAAGGAAAUGCACCUAUGCUGGAAACUGCACCUUUGCCCACAGCCAAGAGGAGAAGGAGAUGUGGAUGUAUAUGAAGAAUAAUGACUUGCGGGACAUGCAGCAGAUAUACGACCGGUGGCUGACGUCAAAUGAUCACAACCGCCAAACGGACGGAGCCAUGCUCACGAAGCCUGCGCCAGAAGAAAAAUACAUUAUCAUGCCGACUGAUUAUGCUGAACCAUUGAAUGGCUUCCACUGCCGUUUGUGCGGUAAGCACAGUAACAGCGAGCGACAGUGGCAGCAGCACAUCUCCUCUGAGAAGCACAAGGACCGAGUUUUCAGCUGUGAGGGAGAGGACGAGGCCCUGACAUGGAGCUACCGAUUCCCUGGCACAUGCUUCAAACUCUGCCCCAAGUGGGAUGGCGACUGCCCCGAAGGCGUGAGCUGCGACUACGCCCACAGCCCGGAGGAGCUGCAGGAGUGGAGGGAGAGGCGGGAUUUCCUGCGCCACAAGUUGGCCAAAGCCAGGGAAGACAUGCUCAUCAUGCCUGAUGAGUUUGACUUUGGGAAAUAUAACUUUCUACUUCAGGACUGAAAAGAAUGAAUUUUUUGACUUUGUGAGCCAUUUUUUGUAACUGCCAAAGUAGCGUCUCGGUGUAUUAAGAGUUCUGGAAUCACAACCAAAAUGAGCAGGUGAUGUGCUCAGUGUGUCGAGUUUACCAAAAGAUCACGUGAAGGCUGAGGAUUGUGUUUGCCUCCUCAGAAAGCCAUAUAAAUUUACUUUAAAUUGAUAAAUAUUUUUAAUUCUUCUAACAGUGUAUGGAACGACUUGUUUCCCAUCAGUUAUGACAUCACUACAGACUGCUCAGUACUGUGAAGCUAAGGCUCAUGUUGAUGCCCAGUUCAUUACAUAUUAUUCAUACAGGGUUCAUAUUUAACCAUACAUGCAGACGCUGCUGCUCUUAUCCACCUGACAUUCAUACAGAACUCUGGUGGGAUGUUCCGUUGCUUCUGCUUGUGUCUUCUUUGAACAGGAACCUUCAUUCCGUCAUUCACUCAGAGAUUAUGUUAAAAGUGGAAAAUAAAUAAUUCCUCAAAAUUUUUUUUCUCAUAGUGUUAAUUUCU